ACAUUUAGUGUCCGUCGGCACCCCUUCCAGACCUCAGGUCCAAGGGGGGUUGGGUCCAAAUCUAGCCUAAAUUAAAAGAAUCCCUCAGCCUUGUAUUUUCCUUUUCUCCUUCUCCGCUAGGGGAAGAAAUCCAGUCACUAUGUUUUCGAUAUGCUCUCUCAUGCGAAUAUGAGCACCUAAACUACCAUUCCCACAAUCCAGCCCGUUAACAUAUGCCCAACAUGACCUCUGCGCGCGAUAAUCUCGGUCCCUUAGUAACGCCUUUCACCUACCCUUCAACAUGCACCUCUGCUUUCCUGGAUUGUUCAACAUGCUCCGAUGCCUGGCAAGCGCAAACAUGCAGCGAUAAUGGUACCCAGGAUGACUCUGACUGCUGGCCCCCGCCUAUCAAUGGAAACCUUUUGACAAGCGUCCCCAUUUUUGGCGGUGGGUUUUACUCGCCAGGUAUCUCUUGUCCGGUCGGGUAUGUAUCUGCAUGCUCGGCAACAGGUGGAGGACAUACAAGCUAUUCAUUUCAAUAUGAUUUGCUCGAGGCUGAGACUGCUAUAGGGUGUUGUCCAAGCGGAUACACUUGUGGCUACAUCUCCGUAGCGACCGGCAAAUAUAAUAAGGUCCAGACCUGCCUCUCUAUGAUCUCCACUGGGCAAUUUUCAGCAAUUCAAUGCCACGGUUCAACAACCAUCUUAACCCAACAAACUAUACCCGCUACUGUUGCUGUGUCUGUCACUGCCACCACGUCCUACGUGACCGCAUAUGUCAUUGUUCAGACCAUGACAAUCAAAGCCCCUCUUUUCCAGAUCAUCCACAAGUCCACUGACCUGCCAAAAUCCACAUCAACUAUAAUAACAACGCCGACGUCACAACCAGGUACUUCUUUAGCGACUGGCGCGAAAGCUGGAUCCACAUCAACUUUAAUAACAACGCCGACGUCGCAAUCAGGCAAUUCCUUGUCAACCGGCGCGAAAGCCGGAAUAGGCGUUGGUGCUGCCGCAGGUGGUCUGGUACUCAUCGGAGCCGCCAUAUUUAUGCUGUUUUGGAGACACAAAAUGGCUCAACGGCCAUUUCGUCUGAUCGCUGGUGGAUCCCAUGAACUAGCAAUAGAUGCAUCCAAGGCGGAACUUCCACCAGGUCAUGCAAUCCUAGAGGCGGGUGCGCCGAAGGUUUAUCUGCCGCUUGCUGAGCUUGGCUGAGCCAGUUAGAAGAGUGUAUUUAGAGGUUCUUAAAAUUCGCACAACACCCCUAUCCCCGCUCAAAUCAUUUUUCAAUAUUGAUUUCUUAAUGCCUGAUUUAUUUUAAUUAAGAGGUUCCAUCAUAUAAUCGAACGUUCUUAUUGUGUAGCAGCUAAUCGCCCCAGCAAUGGGCAGGCGCCUCUACGUGGUCCUGGGGGCCACUACUCAAGCUGCAUAUAUUCGUGUCCUCCAAAGGAGAGCUGGAGAAACAUGACUAUUAAAUCCGUUCCAUUCUAACCAAAAUACCUAAAUGUAUCCUACUAGAAUAAAUUAGAUUUAGGGUUAG